GGAGCGGAUUGGAACCCGGAGUCAGGAUUCGAUAAAUGAAGGGUCUUUUGCAGAAAAGGUGGGCAUAAUGGCUGAACAGACACCAGAUGAGUUCAUCUGGUGCGAGGACUGUGGCCAGUACCACGACUCUGAGUGUCCGGAGCUGGGGCCCCUGGUCACCGUGCACGACUCCUUCGUCCUCAGCAGAGCCCGGUCGUCGCUACCAAGCAGCCUGGAGAUCAGAGAGGCGCCCAAUGGCGAGGAGGGCGUGUUUGUCCUGCGCCGGCUGGUCAAGAGGACCCGGUUCGGGCCCUUUGAAGCGAAGAGGGUCCGACACGUGGAGAAGGAAGCAGCGUUUCCUCUGAAGAUCUUCCAGAAGGACGGAGUGGUGGUGUGCCUUGACUCCAACAGUGAGGAGGACUGUAACUGGAUGAUGCUGGUACGACCUGCUACUGACCACAAACACCAGAAUCUGACGGCCUACCAGCAGGACGAUGACAUUUACUUCAACACCUCACAGGAUGUGCUGCCAGGAGCAGAGCUGAGAGUCUGGUAUGGAGCUUUCUAUGCCAAGAAGAUGGAGAAGCCUGUGCUGAAGCCUCCUCUUCUGCCACCGCUGCCUCCACCAGAGACCUCAGAGAAAAGUGGAGUCCACAUGCCCCCAGUGGCUGAAGACAACAGCGCAGGCAACAUGCUGAGUCACCUCAACGAAGCAAAGACAGCAACGGUGCUUCCCGUCGACCCGCUCCUGCCCCAGGAGGAGAGCCUGGUCGGCCCAGAUGAGGAGCAGAGCUGCCCCCCUGCAGCUCAGCCCGGACCCAAGAGAGGCCAGAGCCGAGGGAGGAGAGCGAAGGGGCGCCGGCCCGGAGCUGCAGCCGCUGCAAGCAGAAACAAAGAUGUGAAGCCCCAGGUGGAGAGCUCUGAGCCGGUGGCCUCGCAGCCAGCAGCACAAACAGCAACAGCAGCAGAGAGCAGCAGCCUGCAGAGCGCUCCAGACGGCGGUUCUGUCCUGAAGAGACACAAAGCCCGAGAGCACAAGAGGGUUUACCGCUGCUCCCUCUGCAACAAGGUCUUCCAGAACAGCAGCAACCUCAACAGACACAUCCGAUCUCAUGGUGAUAAACUGUUCAAGUGCGACGAAUGUGACAAGUUGUUCAGCCGCAAGGAGAGUCUGAAGCAGCACAUCUCUUACAAGCACAGCAAGAACGUGCCGGACCAGGAGUACAAAUAUAAAUGCAACACGUGUGAGAAAUCCUUUCGCCUGGAAAAUGCCUUAAAGUUCCACAACUGCCGGACAGACGACAAGACGUUCCAGUGUGACAUCUGCUCGCGGUUCUUCUCCACCAACAGCAACCUCUCCAAGCACAAGAAGAAGCACGGCGAGAAGCUCUACUCUUGUGAAAUCUGCAACAAGAUGUUCUACCGCAAAGACGUGAUGCAGGAGCACCACCGGAGGCACGGUGUGGGACCAAAGCACAUGAAGAGAGAGGAGCUGGAGGCGAACGGAGAAGAAGGGACCAAGUACAGGAAGGAGCCUUCACCCUGUCCCAUCUGCGGCAAGGUGUUCUCCUGCAGGAGUAACAUGAACAAGCAUCUGUUGACUCACGGCGAUAAGAAGUACACCUGCGAGAUCUGCGGCCGCAAGUUCUUCCGCGUGGACGUCCUCCGAGAUCACAUUCACGUGCACUUCAAGGACAUAGCCUUAAUGGACGAGCAGGAGAGGGAGGGCUUCAUCAAGAAGAUCGGCAUCUCGGCGGGCGACAGCGACGAAAGCGACGACGACGACGAGGAAGACGAUCCCGAGCACCACAAAUACAACUGCAAGAAAUGCCAACUAUCGUUUGCAAAAGGCAAAGAGUACCUGAAGCACAUCAUGGAGCUGCACAAGGAGCGAGGCUACGGCUGCGGGAUCUGCAACCGGCGCUUCGCUCUGAAAGCCACCUACAACGCUCACCUGGUCAUCCACAGAGAGCAGCUGCCCGACCCUGCAGUGCAGAAGUACAUCCAUCCGUGUGAAAUAUGUGGCCGGAUCUUCAAUAGCAUCGGUAACCUGGAAAGGCACAAGAUCAUCCACACUGGGGUGAAGAGCCACGGCUGCGAUAAGUGCGGCAAGUCAUUCGCGAGGAAGGACAUGCUGAAGGAGCACCUCAGGGUUCACGACGACAACCGAGACUACCUGUGUGCAGAGUGUGGGAAAGGCAUGAAGACCAAACACGCUCUCAGGCACCACAUGAAGCUUCACAAGGGCAUCAAAGAGUACGAGUGUAAAGAAUGCAACCGCAAGUUUGCCCAAAAGGUCAACAUGUUGAAACACUACAAGAGACAUACAGGUAUAAAGGACUUCAUGUGCGAGUUGUGCGGAAAGACGUUCAGCGAGAGGACGACUCUGGAGACCCACAAGCUCAUCCACACAGUGGGGAAGACGUGGACAUGUGCGACGUGUGAUAAGAAGUAUCUGACCGAGUACAUGCUGCAGAAACACGUCCACCUGACCCACGAGAAGGUGGAGGCCCAGUCGUGUCACCUCUGUGGAACCAAGGUGUCGACCCGCGCUUCCAUGAACCGGCACCUGCGACGCAAACACCCUGAGAUCGUGUCUGUGAGAAUCGACGAGUUUGAUGACCUUCAGGAAAACUCCACAAUCAAUGAUUCAUCCAUCAGCAUCGUGCAGCCCACUCUCACCCUGGAAAAAGACGGCAUGUCUCAGGAGAGGCCCAGCCGACCGUCUCGACACGCCAAGAAGAAGCAGAGAGUUCCAGCUGAGCCGGAGCUCUCCGAGUCCGACGAAUACGUUGAUUUCACCGAGCCAAGACACGAACCGAUGGCAGAAUUCAACGCCGUCAUCGUCGGCGACGAGACCGAGACAAGCUCUGCUGUGCAGAGCAUCCAGCAGGUGGUGGUCCUGACCGACCCCAGCGCUCCGUCAGCCUCCUCCCCCAGCUCAGUGGGUCUGACCAACAUCACCGUCACGCCCAUCACCAGCCACGCCCCGGCCCAGUUCACCAGCCUGCAGCCCGUAGCCGUGGGCCACCUGACCGCCAGCGACCGGCCGCUCACGCUCGACAACUCCAUCCUCACCGUCACCUUCGACACCGUCAGCGGCUCCGCCAUGCUCCACAACCGACCGGCCGAGCUCGUCCCAGAGACGGUGGGCCCCGGCGGAGGCGCGGCGCCCCAGUCCGUCGCCCACUUCAUCAACCUCACCACUCUGGUCAACCCCAUGGGCCACCAGCUGGAGGCCCCGGCUCUGGCCUGGAGGCCCGUACCGGCGGCUGAGGGCGGCCAGGUCACUCCGGUGGUGGAGGGGGCUCAGGGGGAGAGUCAGGAGGCCCAGAGCCAGGGUCCCGAGCCGGGCCGGCCCAACCAGAGCCAGCCGCCCACCCCACAGCAGCAGAGCGGCUCCGCACAGCAGAUGUUCAGCUACUGAGCAGACAGCGGGGGUGCAGGUCACCUCACACAGACAUUGUUCCAUAGUAGAGUAGAUUUAUACGUGCAAAGCUUUGAUCACUGUCACCCAGAUGCCUCUACAGCCCCAUGGAAGCAAACGAAAUUGUAAUUAUUUUCUUUUUUUAUAUAUACAGACAAAACAAAGUGUUUGGUGAUAACGAUUCUGCUGAUUACAAAACGGGAGAAAUGGUGCAUUCAGCCAAAACCACUGACACUCCGCUGACAUCUGAAACCAAAGCAUCAUGUUGAAUAUUCAAAUGCCUUACCAGCCUUUAAAGACGUGCAUGUUUUCAAUCUGCUGCUCGGAAAAUGAAGUAUGAAACCGUACCGACCUGGAAAAGAUGGACUUGGAUGGUGGCGAGCUGGUGACAACACUUCCACCGUCACGUGUUCCCGAAAGAGUGUCACUGAUGAAAUGUUAUUUUUAGAAAGCUGUAUACUGUAAUUAUUGUCGACCUGUUGGAAAACAAAACUGGAAACUUUUUUUUACUCUUAUUUUUUAAACAAAAUGCCUCUUUAAACCGG